AACUGUCACUUUAAGUUUUACGACAUGUCGUAAACUGUGACAACGUAACGCUCACAUGUAGCUUACACGGAUGCUAACUGUCUAACGAAUAGUUACUGUAAUUUUCUGGCGUUAGAGUCAUUAUAUAUGACAUUAUGAGCUUGUGUAAAUCAUACAGAAGAAGUGGACAAAUGCCUUAAACGUUAAAAACGGGUUUUAUCGCUGUCGGAGCUCCUCCUGUUUGCAUGUGUGCGGCUUAGCUGCUAACGGCAGUCCGUCACCGGUUUUCAUCAUGUUUGUGUUGGUGGAGAUGGUCGACACAGUCAGGAUUCCUCCGUGGACUUUUCAUAGGAAACUUAAUGAGGCCAUAGCCGAGGAGCUCAACAAGAAACUGGCAAAUAAGGUGGUUUACAAUGUUGGCCUCUGCAUCUGCUUGUAUGACAUCACCAAACUAGACGAUUCUUAUAUAUUCCCUGGAGACGGAGCUGCUCACACCAAAGUUAAUUUCAGGUACGUUGUUUUUCACCCUUUCCUUGACGAGAUCCUGGUGGGCAAGAUUAAGUACUGCAGUCAGGAGGGAGUUCACGUGACAAUGGGCUUCUUUGAUGACAUCCUCAUUCCACCAGAGUCACUUCAGCAGCCUGCAAAGUUUGAUGAAGCAGAGCAGGUGUGGCUGUGGGAGUACGAGACAGAUGAGGGGGCACACGACCUCUACAUGGACCAAGGGGAGGAGAUACGGUUUAGGGUCACAGACGAAGUCUUCAUAGAUACGUCGCCGUCUGGUCCAGCCACGGCAUCAACAGACGCAGCAGCUCAACCAGGACAGUCCACUCAGCCUUCAGCAGAAGAAAGUGUUGAGAAGAAGGAGGCACCGUACACCUUGAUUGGGACCAUCUGUGAGCCGGGCCUGGGUCUGCUGUCAUGGUGGAACAGUUAGUAAAGAGGAUCAUCAGAGACACAGAGCACAGUCGGCUGGAGACUCGUGAACCAGUUUCCAAAAGCUAAAGUGGGGCUGGUGUCUGAACAAUGAGGCUGUUGUUGGAGGAGUGACUCUGUCACUGGGACUGACUGUUGGAGGAACACUGACCUAAAACAACAGCACUAUGUUUACUCGUACAACCGACCUUAUGGUGUAUUUAAUUUGAAUCUCUCUCAUUGCAGUCAUGAUAUUUUGUGACACCAAGAUCAACAUUAUAUAUUUUCCUUACUUAGGGUUUAAUACAUUUUCUAAUGUCAGAGUUUACAAUAAAUAAUAAACAAGGCUGUGAAACACCAGAAGGAUUCAGGAAAAUCAUAACAAAGAUACAUUUAUGUUAACAAAGGAUGAUUUUUAUUUUUUAUCCCAGAUAUGCAGGUGUUUCCAGUUAGUUUAACUGCCAUCUAUAAAUUCCUGCUCAGUAAACUGUAACUGUUUCCUGACCUGA